AUCAUUACUAAGCUUAUUUUCCAUUCGUCUAUUUCUGAUCCUCUAAAAAUAUAUUAAAAUUUUUUAAUGUUUUGGAAAUAUUUUGAUUUUAUAUUCUUUUGACAAACAAAGACAACGGUAUAACAAAGCCGACAAUGAUGAUAUAAGCAAGAAUGAAUCAAGAGCACAAAAACAAGGGUGGCACAUCAAAGUGAUGAAAGAAAAAUAACCUUCAUUUGAUUUUCACUUAUUGGAAGCCAUAAAUACGAGUUUAAAGCAAUAUUACGAAAGCGAAUCGUGUGUAGUAGGGGAUACAACUUUAAAUACGUUCGAAUAAAACAUUACUCGCGCUUCUUUAAAGGGGGAAUCGCGUUCUUAAUUUGCAUGAAAUACGCGAAUACAUUUUAGUUUGUAACCAUUCACGCGUUAAAGGAGAUAUACGAAAGGCGGUCUACGAACGUUUAUCAUUAAACGUGAAAAUAUAGAUAAUUUAAAAGUAUAGAUUAGUAAAUCUGAUAAAUCACGCAUUGAUCUUUUUCUUUUUGUUUUUAUUUUUCUUUUUUCUUUUCUUCUUUUUUUAACACGUUAUUUUUGCGACACGUGCGUCAUGCUAAUCGCAUGGAAAUACAAGUGCAAGUUUAUAUACUUUUUAAAUUAUUAAUUAAAACGACGACAUAUUGAUGACGAUGAUAAAUAAUUACAUUUUUCUUUCGAUUCUUUUAUUGACGACUUCACUGACAUACCAUCAUCGAUCAUCGCCCUUCGUGAAUGCCUUUCAAGUUGACGAUUGUCUGGCACUUUGUUCGAACAAAUCGUGUGAAAGUGCCUGUCGUCAUAAGAUAAACGAGGAUGCGAAUGCAAACAUCAGUUUAAACUGUAGAGGAAUGGAUUCUAUCAUGAUUAAGCAUAAUGCCGGAACAUAUAUUAUCGAGCAAAGUUCAAAGGAUCUUAUUUGGAAGACAGUAAAAAUUAGCGAUGGCAAAUUCUCCUCCUUUUCUAAUUUAAUAGCAAACACAUCUUAUCGAUUUCGUUUGAGUAGAUUAAUACGACAUGGUGUAUCUCGAUCAGAAGUAUCAGAUUGGUUUUCAACUUACGACAUUAAUUAUGUACCGAAGAAAGUUUCGAACGUGUCUUUGUUGAAAAUAGAAAUAGAUAAAACCGAUGUAUGUCGACUUUCUGCAGACAUUCGUUUCGAGCCAGCGGAUGAUUUGAGUUGCGAUUAUAAUAUUUUAUAUUGGCAGUACGAACAUGAUUUAAGACAUUUUGUAAUUCGAAAGGCUCCGACUUUUCGUUUCCAUCUUAAAAAUUUAGAAUUUGAUCGGAACACAACGAUAUAUAUUUCCUCUGUGAACGGUGGCGAUCAGAAAUUUAGCGAUCAAACGACCUUAACAUUUGUCACACCUUCUUGUUUGGAAACACAUAAUAAUUUAAGGAUUUGCCCUCCGCAGAAGGUCGAAGGACUACGCGUAAUAGAUAUUUAUAAACAUGAUGGUCUUUACGAUGUUACCGUUAAUUGGGAUAAACCUAGCAAAGAACCGGAUAAUUAUACGAUUCAAUUGGAAACGUUUCGAGAAAAUAAAAUACUUCUAACGAUACCUGGGAAUGCAACUGAGGCUCAUUUUUUAAAUAUCAAAUUGGAGCAACAAUAUCAAGUUAGUAUUAUCGCUGAUUCCGUCGGUGGUUCUAGUCCGGUAUCUUGGAAGAUAAAUGAUUGUAGUGUACCAAUAGUAAAUGAAUACAGUCUUUAUCAAAAAAUCAUGAUAUCGUUAGCGAUUUUAAUGACGGUCGUGAUAUUGAUGAUAAUUUGCAUGUACCUGUGUAAACGAAGAGAAAAACUAUGUUGUAUACAAUAUAAGAAUUUUCGGGUUUUGAAUCAAAAAGAAUUUCCUAUGAAUACACUUAAAUUAUUGCAAGAAGAUAAGAAUGUGUCUAAAGAUGAAAAAGUUACUUUGCCAUUGGAUAAAUUUGAAUUAUCUCCGAAAAAAUUAAAAUUAAGAAAUAUUCUUGGAAUUGGUGCUUAUGGGAUCGUCAGACUUGGAACGCUUCAAGAUGAUUUCGGUAUUGUUAUUAACGUGGCAGUUAAAGGGCUUAAAGAUAAUCCAACUGUGGAUGAUAUAAAUAACUUUUAUCAAGAAAUUCAGAUUAUGAAAUCAGCUGGUAAACAUCCAAAUAUAGUUUCAUUGAUUGGAUAUUGUACAAUAUAUAACAAACCAUUGCUGAUCGUGGAAUAUUGCUGCAACGGUGACCUACAAACGUAUUUGAGAAAGAUAUGGAAAAAUACGAUGAAUGGUGUUUUCGAUCAUAAAUCGCAAUUUACAUUUGAACAAUGUUUUCAUAAUUAUGAAAAUGAUCAAGGUAACCGAAUUGUUGAAAAUCGUUUAUAUGAUAUUCAACAAGAAUACGUAACCGCGAUCGAUUUACUAAAUUUUGCAAGGCAAAUCGCUAAUGGAAUGGAAUUUUUGUCUACCAAUCGAAUAGUGCAUCGUGAUUUGGCUGCACGAAAUAUAUUGGUAUGCUCUGACAAUAUUGUCAAGAUUUCAGAUUUUGGUCUUAGUCGUGAUAUUUAUCAAGAAAAUGUUUACAAGAAAGAAGGAAGUGGUAAAUUGCCAUUAAAGUGGAUGGCGAUCGAGGCUUUGACGCAUCAAAUAUACACAACUCAUAGUGAUGUAUGGUCUUUCGGUAUUUUGUUGUGGGAAAUAGUCACAUUAGGUUGCACUCCAUAUCCUGAUGUACCUACGAAUAAUAUCUUGAAGCUUUUAAAAACAGGAUAUAGAAUGGAAAAACCUUCAAAUUGUGGAGAAAAUUUAUACAAUAUAAUGUAUUCUUGUUGGCAUCUUAGACCUCAAAGCAGACCGACUUUUACGGAAUUGAAGAAAAAUCUAGAUACGUUACUUAAUAAUUGGACUGACAAUAAAUAUUUAAAUUUGAGUUAAAGAUUACAAAAAGUCAAUAAAAAAAAAAGAAUGAUCAGUGCUUUUUGAUGAGAUACUAAAGAAAAUUAUAUAAAUGAUUGAAUUAAUUCUCUUGUUAUCAUUAUAACAAGGAGGGAUAGAAUAACUAUUAUUAUCAAGUAUUAAAGUCAUUACUAUGUAUUACCUUUUAAGAAAGUCAUACCAUGUGCAAAAUCAUUUAUUUCGUAAUUAUUUUUACGUACAAUAAUCUGUGAUAUAAUUCCUUAUACAUAUACGCGUGUAUAUGACUUUGUGUAUGAAAGAGCGCGAGUGUACAUGUAUAGUGUUUAAUAAUAUUGUGUGUGUGUGUGUGUGUGUAUGUAUACAUAUAUAUAUCUUUCAAUUUUAAUAACUCAAAUUUACAUUGACAGAAAGUAACUAACUGUAAGAUUUUUCUUCGUACUUCAUUUUCAAUCGUGCGAUUUUUAACAAUAUUAUACACAUAAUAUACGUCCUACCAUUUGAAGAUCUCAUUAUUAAUUACUGAUGGUUAAUGUUUUCUUGACAAGAACAUUAAGAUUGAAGAGUCGAUUCUGAUCGUAGAGAAACGAUUGAUGCAUGAUAAAAGAUAAAAGCUAAGAAAGUGUACAAGGAACUCGAUUAUUCGCACAACACCUUAUCUUAAAUACUUAAGAGAUAUAUAUCUGUACUGCAUCGGCUAGGCACAUUUUUGCUAUUGCGAGAGGAACUUUGCGUUUUUAUUUUUGAUAUUAAAAAAAAAAAAAAAAAGAAAAGACAAAAAAGGAAAAAAAACAGAAAAAAAAUCCACGCGAAUCGACUCAUCAAUUUAAA